AACAUAAAAAACGUUAAAAUAUUAAUUAUGUUAAAUAUGGAAAGUGCGAGUGCGGGCGCGGCAAUUGCGGGCCUGAGCAAAACCCUGACGACGCCCUUCUCCAUCAACGAUAUCUUGACGCGCAAUCGACCCGCGAUUCCCGCGCGUCGUCUGUCCAGCGUGGAUCUGGACGCUGACGCGGAGCUGGCCGGCAAAAGCAUGGAUCGCAGUAGGUCCAAGUCGCCGCCGCUUUGUUGUCGCGAUUUGAGCAUCUAUAAGUUGGCGCAGUGCAAACUGGGCGCAGAGCAUCCGGAGAGUGCCAACAAUCGUGGCCAGUCGGCAAGCUAUUUGCAGUAUUAUGCAGCCGCUGCUGCCAUGGAUAAUAACAAUCAGGCAGCGGGCUCCUCAACGACGGCUGGCGGCUUGCCCGUUGAUUAUAUGCAGCGUAAAUUGGGCUAUUUUGGCGCCGCUUUGUCCGCCGCUGCCGCUGCGGCUCCGCUCGACAUGCGACGCUGCACCAGCAACGAUUCCGACUGCGACUCGCCGCCGCCAUUGAGCAGCUCCCCCUCCUCCUGCACAGCGGGUGGCUAUGGACGCGGCAAUUCGCCGCUCUCCCACGACGAUAGUCUGAGUGGUGGCAGCGGCCUCAGCCGCAAGAAGCGCUCGCGUGCCGCCUUCAGUCACGCCCAGGUCUUUGAGCUGGAGCGUCGCUUUGCCCAGCAACGCUAUCUGUCCGGUCCGGAGCGCAGUGAGAUGGCGAAGACGCUGCGUCUGACCGAGACACAGGUGAAGAUCUGGUUCCAGAAUCGACGCUACAAGACCAAACGCAAGCAGAUCCAACAGCACGAGGCGGCACUGCUCAGUGCCACGAAGCGGGUGCCUGUCCAGGUGCUGGUACGGGAAGAUGGCAGCACUGCCUAUGCGCACUUGACACCAGGAACGGCUGCUGCCGGCUACCCGCACGGCCUGGAUCCGGCCCUGCUCAACAUUUACAGGCAUCAGCUGCAGUUGGCCUACGGUGGAUUGCCGUUGCCUCAGGUGCACUUCCCCUACUUUUAUCCGCAUCCGAAGGUGCCACAGCCAAUUCCACCCCCAAGUCAGCAGAAUGGUCUCUCCUCCAGCUUCGUGACUGGUUCGUCGGCAUCCUCGUCGCCAACGCGCAAUCAGCGCAGUCCCUGCCCAAGUCCCAGCCAGGCUCAGGUGCUCAGCUUGGAGAGUGGCGCAGAGAGCAAUCAUUCUGGCGGGGAGGACUGUGAGGAGAAUGUGGAAAUUGAUUAGAUUCAAUGGAAUACUUGGCGCUAUUUGGCCUUUGUGAUAGCAAUAGAGAAUGGUCCUUAGUCUUUAUUUGUAGCCCAGUUGGUGCAAGAGAGAGAGAGAGAGAGAGAGAGAGAGAGAGAGAGAGAGAGAGAGAGAGAGAGAGAGAGGGAAAGAGAUGCUUGGGGUUAGUUUCUGAGUAAUAGCUUUAGUAGCUUUAAGUUUUAGCAA